AACGCAGCCAGCGCAGCGCCAGAACCCCGCGCUGCCGGAGUGUUGUGGUGGAGCCAGCAUGGCGGCUCCUCUGGAGGUGAUAGUGAGUAGUGACUCCGGCUCUCAGAUGUGGAACAGCACCGUGUUCGACCUGCACAGCGGCUCCAGCCUGCUGUCCUACCGGGGAGGGAACAGCUCUGCCCGGACACUGAGCGUCCUCGGCGGGGAGUACCUGCUGUCCGCCCAGCUGGGGAAGAACUUCAUCAACGUGUGGGAGAUCCAGAGGAAGGACCAGCUGCAGCAGAAGGUGGUGUGUCCAGGUGUGGUCACUUGUCUGACCGCAUCACCUAACGGACUCUUCCUCGCUGCUGGAGUCGCUGAGGCUGUUUACCUGUGGGAGGUGUCCACAGGUAAGCUGCUGUCUGUCCUCAGUCGUCACUAUCAGGAUGUCACCUGUCUGAAGUUCACAGACGACAGCAGCCAUUUUGUUUCUGGAGGAAAAGACAACCUGGCUCUGGUGUGGAGUCUGUCCAGUUUCAUAAGACAGAGGAACUUUGAGGCUGACGAGGAUCAGACAGGCCCCCUGACCAUACAGACACUGACUGGCGUACCUGUGCGUCAGAAUGUUGGUCAUGAUGCGUCUGUGACAUCCCGCGUUUGGUCAAUGACACGUUUUAGGUCCAGUUACCUUAAAUACUGUGUGUUUGUCCAUCUGUCCUUCCAGGUAUGGGAGCUGUCCUCAGGUGAGCUGCUCCUGUCCGUCCUGUUUGACGUGGAGAUCAUGUCUGUGACCUUUGACCCCUGCGAGUACUUCCUGUUCUGUGGAGGCAGCGAUGGAAACAUUUUCCAGGUGUCUCUGUGCAGCCAGAGUCUCAGUCAGGAUAAAGCGUUCCAGUCCGACAGCGAAGGGAACCAGGUCUUUAAAGGACACAGGAACUUGGUGACGUGUCUCUCGGUGUCGAUAGACGGGAUGCUCCUCCUCUCCGGGUCACAUGAUGAAACUGUCCGACUGUGGGACAUUCAGAGCAAACAGAGCAUCCGGUGCCUCGCCCACAAAGGUCCAGUGACGAACGCCGUCAUCAUGGCAGCUCCCGCUAACAUGUUCCUGCCCGACAGUCGGCCCGCCGUCCCUCUGCCACGCUUCAGCCGACACCUGCAUGCCUCUGAGGGCGGAGAAUCCGGAGAGGUGUGUGUCCGACUUGGACGCUACACACAGGAGGAGGAGGAGACUUACCUGCAGAAAGCUGAUAGGCUGAACUCUCUGAUGAAUGCUGUGACCGACAAGUCCGUGUUUGGUGACGGCGAGAACACGAAGGUUCGAGUUGCUGAGCUUGAAGAGGAAGUUCAGACUCUGAAGAAGGUCAACAAAGAUCUGUAUGACUUCUCCAGUCAGCUGCUCACCAAACCCACAUAAACACACACACACACACACACACAGAUGUACACAUAUAUUUGAACACUCUGUGAUGGUUUACGUUGUCAGAAAAUAAAGGACUUUUGUUUUGGUAGUA